AUGAUGACGUGCCGUCUGCUGUGCGCCCUGUUGGUGCUUGCCCUGUGCUGCUGCCCGUCCGUGUGUGCGGCAGAGGAUAAGUCUCAAGCCGCCACCUUUUCCCAGACGACCACGACGACGACCAUAACAAAACCACCGACUACGACAACGACGACCACGACAAAGGCACCAACCACGACGACCACCACCACUACAACACAGGCACCAAGUACUACGACUACAGAGGCGCCAGCUGUGUCGACCACCCGCGCACCGUCACGUCUUCGCGAAAUCGACGGCAGCCUCAGCAGCUCUGCGUGGGUGUGUGCCCCGCUGGUGCUUGCCGCAUCCGCGCUGGCGUACACCACUCUGGGCUGA